AUGUCCACACCAGUUGCCUCAGACACCACACCAAGGCUUCAGAAGCCAGCGAAAGGUCAAAAGAAAAAAGUGCCUGGGAAAGAAACGAUAGCUCUGACAGACAGAUCAGAGAUGUCACCUGUCUCUCCGAAGGUGUCCGGCAAGCAGAAUGAAUCAGGGAAAGAGGUGCCAGAGGAUAGUGUUUGCUUGGCAAAAAAAGCUCCACAGGUCAGCAGUCUUCUGGCUUCCAGUGAUGCCUCUGCAGGAGAUGUCCCUGAGCAGAGAUCCAAGAGGAAAAGGGGCCAAAGAAAAAGCAAACUGGAGAAUAUCAAGACGGAUCCAGAAGCCUGUAUCAUUCUUGCCUCCAGUGAUGCCUCUGCAGGGGAUAUCCCCGUGCGGCGAGCCAAAAGGAAGAGGGUCCACAAGAGAAAGACACUUGUGGAUGCCAAAGCAGCUACCCAAGACAGUAGCAUGCCAGCUUCCAGUACAGCCAUCCCUGAAGCUGGCCCUGGAGCCACUUCAGAGCUCAAGUUCCUCAGGAGGGAGAAGAGGAAGAGCAUAUGGACUGUGGACCGUGUGGAGGGGACAAAACUCAUAAUGAACAAGAAGAGAAGACCCAGCUACCGCCCUGAGGACCUCGAAGCCUUCUACCGACUUCUGGAGGAUCCUGUGGUCCAGAACUUCUUGGCAGCGGACAUUUUCUUCAGGGUGACUGACAAGUACCUGCUGUCUAUGGUGGUGGAGUACUUUGGACGAGUUGGGCUUCCUGGACAUCUCUACAACAGGAUCCACUUCUUCCUGGCCCUCUACAUCGCCUGUGACAUGGAAGAGGAUGACCCGAUAUCCAAGAGGAGCAUCUUCCAAUUCUUGCUGGGCAGAGACACCUGGCAAGACUUAUACAAGGAUUUCCUGAAGCUGCAGAAGGAUUUCUUCCAAGCCAUGGAUUAUCGAGCCUGGGUCACACCAGAGCAGUGUCUAGAGAUCCAGAACCAGAACCCACACCAUUGGGUCUGGAGCCGGGUGCGCCAGGGCACCCCUUAG